AUGUCUGACGAGAACGAUGUGGACGUGAUCUCUACCAUUACUGGUUACGACCUCGACCGUGUCCUGAACGGUUAUAACCUACCGUCGACGUCCGCGCUCUCCAGUCAGCUUGGUAUCUUGGGUAUACCCUCCCUAGAUCCUCGUCAAAUAUAUGGAGAUAAAUGGGACGAUGAUGUGGUGGGUCCUGACCAAGGCGAAGACUUCGAGGAUCAGGUCGACGAGGAGUUAGAGAAUGAGGAGGAUCAGGCCGACCAAGAGAUGGAGAAUGAAGAGAGUCCCCGUGAAGCCUCUGUCAAAGUAGAGGACGAACCAACCGAAUCCAUGCCAAAGAAGGAACGUCGCAUCAGAGUGGUUCGGCGUCUCGUGGAACGGCCCAAGUCUGUCUACGAGAGGUUCCCUACGUAUGAGAAGGACAAGAUCCUGGAUUUCACAGAGCUGUUCAAGGGUUACACUGUUCCCAGGUCUAGAGUUUCGAAGAGACCGUUUCAACUUGAACCUGUGUACCCUCGCAAGCGAGAUGUACCACGACACUUCCUGCAAUCCAUAGUGGGUGAUGCCGAGCGGCAGGCGGAGAAUCAACGAGCAGAUGAGGUUAUAGCAGCUGGGAACAUAGACUUCGAUCUCCAGAAUGCGCUCGAGGGUCGUGUUAAUACUGAAGCCCCCGUAUCUCUAUCCUUGCAAGAUCGGUCAUUCGACCUUGUUUUAUUAGCAAACUGGGAGGAUCAGAUUGUAUACGAGCCGGAGGAAGAUAUGGAGGAAUCCGCCAUUCAUCGUCGGGAGUCACAGGCGGCUUUGACCACGAAAGUAAACAAGUCCCUGGAGUCAGGAGCGUGGACGCAAAGCAUUAUCUGGAGUCCUCGGGCCCCAUUCCGAGACUUCACCCAAUUAGAGGUCAAUGAGGAAGAUGCUGCACCUGAAGAGCGCCCGAUAGCCGAUCCACGACCUAGGAAACGUUUCAGGUCUGAUCAAGUGCCUCGCGAUAAGUUCAAUCUCUCGAAUGACCAAUAUUACGAGGUCUCCAAAGAGGGCCGAGGUCACCGUGUCAGACAGACCUUCGGACAACUCGUGGUGGAGCAUGCUUAUCCUGCACAGAAAUUGCAACUGCCAUUCUACAAGACUCGUUUGUCAAAGCAGGAGGCUCGGUCAUGGCAUCGGCCUGCGCUGCAGUUUCCUUCCAAUGUCGAGAUUCACUUCACUAAAGUCCGCUCCGCAAAGAAGAAAAAAGAUAAGGCCGGACGGAGCGUGGGUAAAGGUGGAAACGUCAGCGAGGGAUUACAUAGGACCAGUGAUCUAAGCCUGAAGGAUACGAGUAACUACGUCUUAUGGGAGUUCUCGGAGGAGCAUCCUCCCAUCAUGUCCAACUUUGGUAUGGGAAGCAUCCUCGUUAAUUACUAUCGCAAGAAGGAUGAGAAAGAUGAACAUAUACCGAAGUAUGAUCUGGGUGUCCCCUUCGUCCUAGAACCUCAAGACGAAUCGCCGUUCAUGAAGUUCGGUUACGUGUAUCCUGGAGAAACAGUUCCAGCGCUUUACAACAAUCUCAUACGGGCUCCUCUGUUCAGGCAGAAGCCGCGUCCUACGGAUUUCUUGGUCAUUAGGAGCACCAUAAGGGGCGAAACGCGAUAUUAUAUACGGGAGAUGAAGAACCUCUUUGUCGUUGGGCAAACGUAUCCCGUGACGGAGGUGCCCGGCCCCCACUCGCGAAAAAUCACAAACACGAUCAAGCAUAGACUGCAGAACAUUACAUACAAGUUGUUAUCGAAAAGUCAUGAAGAAAGAUUGAAAAUAUCGAGGAAUUCAUGGAGUAUCACAGACGGGGACCUCAUCAAGGCUUCUGGCGUUUGA